AUGUACUGCCUUUCAAUCUAUAGUGAUUAUUCAUUAUAUCAUACCGAUAUUCAUGAGCUGUCUAAUCUAGACUUCGAUUGUUUAUAUGCUUAUUUAGUUGAUGGUGGCAGAGAAAUAGGUGGAAGUUAUAUUCGUAAUUAUCAUUUAAUUCCAUACUGUAGACGUCCUGAUAAUGAUAAAGAAUUGGAACAAGAAUCUCAUCUUAACCAUGAGAAUAUAGCGCAACGGAUAAGUUUUGAUGAAUUGAGAAAACGAAAUGUCACAAGUGAACAAUUACUCGCAUGGCUUGCACCAGUUGAUGUUGCAGAAAAAUAUGAAAUGAAUAAUGAUAGUUCAGAUAUUUUUUAUCAAUGCAAAUCACCAUGGUUUGGUCCUAUGUGUCAAUAUAAAUUCGGUCAUAGUGUAUCGAUAUCGUUUAGUGAUAUUGUUGAAGCUACUUUUAACAAUUAUUCGGAAAUCAUUAAAAAUGUUACUACAGAUUCUUGCUAUCGAUUCUUAGAUAAUUGCAACCAAGAAUUAUGGCCUCGGUGUCUCGAUUGGCGGUAA